UACACGGGCGUCAUAAGUUCCGGUUGCUGAGCUGAACUUGCGUGACUUUACCAAAGUGUUCAAGAAGAGAGAGACGAGGAGACUCGAAACUGUUACUCAUUUAAAAGGAUAUGCGAGUUGCAUGGAUCAGUCCUUUAUGAAAACACUGAAAAGUAAACAAACUUAUCUUGUAGUCCAGUCAUGAGGCCUAUUUAGACAAUUAUGGGGACUAACGUUAGCUAGCGAGCGAAACUACCAACUAAGAUAGCUUCGAGUAUUGAAGACAGACUUGAUGUGAACAACAGUUUUACACGCUUUGGACUUUGUGAACGUUACAUAACUACCCUGUUCGAUACUUUGGCUAAUUAUUCCUUCUUACCAUGGCAGAAGGACCGUGCUAUGGGGGUUUAAAUACCAACCCUUCUGGUUCAAGAAUUAAGAAAACUGUUAAUAUCAGUGUCCCUCCAGCCAUGCAUUUGCGGAAAAAAGUUCGACACAGUCAGCCGAGGCGGAAUAUCCACAACCGGGUGGUUCUAGAGAAAGUUCUUGGGAUCACCACUUCAAGUAGCUGUGGCUUAGCCUGUGACCCCAACACAGGACUGGUGGCAUAUCCAGCCGGGUGUGUUGUGGUCAUCCUUCACCCCAGGAAAGUCAAGCAGGGCCACAUUCUCAACGCCUCCAGGAAACCCUUUUCUGCUUUGGCAUUCUCGCAAGAUGGAAAAUACUUGGUCACUGGUGAGAGCGGUCACAUGCCCUGUGUGCGGGUGUGGGACGUAGCGGAGAGGACACAGGCGGCGGAGGUUCAGUGCCACAAGUAUGGGGUGGCCUGCGUAGCCUUCUCCACCAACGGCACCUACAUCGUCUCCGUGGGUUACCAGCACGACAUGACCGUCAGCGUCUGGGAGUGGAGGAAGGGGACUGUCAUUGCCUCCAACAAAGUGUCCAGCCGAGUGCUGUCGGUGUCCUUCUCAGAGGACAACAGCUACUUCGUCACGGCGGGGAACAGACAUGUCAAAUUCUGGUACCUGGACGCGUCCAAGGAGCGGCGGGUGAACAGCACGGUGCCUCUGAUAGGCCGGUCGGGGUUGCUGGGGGAGCAGCGGAACAGCAUGUUCUGCGGCUUGGCGUGCGGUUGGGGCAACAUGGCGGGCAGCACCUACUGCAUCACCAGCUCCGGCCUGCUGUGCCAGUUCAACAGCCGCAGGAUGCUGGAGGCCUGGGUGGACCUCAGGACCCCCUCCGCUCGCUGUCUGACCGUCAGUAAGGACUACGUCUUCUGCGGCUGCGCGGGGGGCACCGUGCGGGUCUUCAGCCCCCACGACCUGCGUUACAUCACCACCCUGCACCGCCCCCACAGGCUGGGGGUGGACAUUACGCAGGGAGUCCAGCCGGGUCACCUGUUUUCGCCAUCGCCAUCUCCAGAGGCAGAGUAUCCAGACACAGUGGCCCUGACCUUUGACCCUGUGACCUGCUGGCUGACCUGUGUGUACAAUGACCACAGUGUGUACGUGUGGGACGUGCGUGACGUCCGGAGCGUGGGGAAGGUGUACUCCGCCCUGUAUCACAGCGGCUGUGUGUGGAGCGUGGAGACGUACCCUGAUCUGGGGCAGCCAUCUGUGCCCUGCCUGCCCCCCGGCUCCUUCCUCACCUGCUCGUCUGAUAACACCAUCCGGCUGUGGCAAAGCGACCCCCAAAACCAGGGGCCCGCCUCCGUCUGCCACCGCAACCUCUACAGCCAAGACCUGACGAAGAUAGUGUAUGUGGGGAAAGACACGCAGCACCUGCAGAGCGAGGGCGAGCCAGGAGAGGGCAGCGGUGCGGACGUGAAGUCCGGGAUCCGAGUUCUGGGGAUCAGCCCGGACGGCCAGCAUCUGGCGGCAGGGGACAGAAACGGGAACCUCCAUGUCUUUGGUCUGCAGUUCAUGGAUGAGCUCCUGAAGAUCGAGGCCCAUGACUCUGAGGUCUUGUGUCUGGAGUUUUCCCCCCCAGAGACCGGAAUGCGUCUGCUGGCCUCAGCGAGCCGCGACAGGCUCAUUCACAUCUUCAACAUGGAGAGAGAGUACAGCCUGGAGCAGACUGUGUACGACCACUCCGCCUCCAUCACCGCCAUCAAGUUCACCGGUGUGGGCCCAGACGUCCGCAUGGUGAGCUGUGGAGCUGAUAAGAGCAUUUACUUCCGCACAGCUGAGGAGUCCGCAGACGGCCUGUCCUUCUCACGGUCCCACCACGUAGUGGAGAAAACCACGCUGUACGACAUGGACCUGGACGCUACGCGCAGCCAUACCGCCAUCGCCUGCCAGGACCGGAACAUCCGAGUGUACAAUGUGAGGAGUGGGAAGAUGAAGAGGAGUUUUAAAGGCUCUCUGAGUGACGACGGCACACUGCUGAAGGUUCGGAUGGACCCCUCAGGGAUGUACCUCGCCACCAGCUGCUCGGAUAAGAACAUCUGCAUCUUUGACUACGAGUCUGGGGAGUGCGUGGCCACCUUGUUUGGGCACUCUGAAAUUGUGACCGGGAUGAGAUUCAGCCAGGACUGCCGUUACCUCAUCACCGUGUCCGGAGACAGCUGCGUGUUCGUGUGGCGGCUGGACUCGCAGAUGACCAACUCCAUGAGGAAGCGAUUGGCUGAAACCAGGCAGAGGGCGGGGCUUCAGGGCUCCGCCGGGGCCCCCGGACACAACCCUCAGAUACGGAGGCAGACCUACGUCACAGUGCCGCGCCCAGUCCUCCCACAGACAGGGGAGGAGGAGGAGGAGGAGGAAGAGGAAGGAGGGGUGAGCAGGGAGGACCCGGAGGAGAACCCCAAAACUCCGGCGAGGGACGACUCUGUAGAGGAAAUGCUGGACCCCACCUUCCUGCAGACCAACGGCAAGCUGCCCAUGUGGGCCAGGAGACUGGGAGCCGCUGGGGCUGCCCCUAACCCCGCAGAGCAGAAGGAGACGGGCCCCUACCAGCCCCGGGGUCGCUGGGCGGAGCAGUCGGACCCCCAGGCCAUCCGCUCUGUCCUGGAGACGCGGAGCCUGCAGCUGCCCCUCUCGCCCAGCCCCCGCAGGAGCCAGGGAGGCCAGGAGGAGGAGGACGAGGAAGAGGAGGACGACCCUCGCUUCCACCCCCAGAGUCUGGACAGCCUGCUGGGUGAGGAUGAGGAGGAGGAGGAGGAAGAUGAGGAGAAGCAGGACUCCCAGGGUCCGUUCCCCUCAGGUCGACCCAGGCCAGCCUUCCUGCCCCUGCCGGACAGCGAGGAGCUGUUCCCAGCUGCGCUGAACUCACCCGAAACCAGCGACUACAUCAUGUACCCCGCCAACAGCACAGCACUCCCUGCAGGCGUGGAUGGCAGUGAGUUUGAUGUGAAGGAGCUGUGUGAGGCGGGACAAGGGGAGGGGCUUAGCCCAGACAGCGCCUUCUGUGUUGGCUCAGCUGAGAGCCAAGCAUCCAAUCAGGACCAGCCCCAGGAAGAUACGGACUCUCUCAGUCAGGUGAGCUCCACGGGCAGCACCGGGCUGGAGGAGGAAGAGGAUGAGGAAGAGCCGGAGAUGCUCCUGCGCCAUCAUUUCGAUACGCUGGCCGACUGCCUCGCCAGCAAUGAGAAGUUUGACACGGACCUGCAGGACCUGCAGCAGCCCGCUGAGAGCCUCUUCCUCAACCCCCGCCUCAGCAUCUCCACCCGCUUCCUGUCCCGCUUCCAGACCCGCCACAGAGUGGGGAUUGGACUGGCCCCUCGCCCCUCGGCCCUUCCCCCCUGCAUCUCUGAGGAGCCCAGCAGCAGUGCUACCAGCCCCACCCAGGCAGAGGUCUGCUCAGGACCCCUGUCUAACGAUUCUGUAGAUCCUCAGGAGGGAGGCGCCGAAAGCGCGCGAGCUGUCGAAACCCGUCCACCCGCGCGGAGAAGCUCCUCGACCUGGACUCUUCAUCGCAAGCCGCCGCUGAAGAGCCGCAAAACCAUCGGCACGUUCCAGCUGAAAAGCAUUCUGGGAGAAGUGGCAGUGAAGGCUCAGCCACCAAACUCCCAGAGUUGUGCCUCAGUCUGUGCCCAUAAACCGCCCCUGCCCGGCCCGGACCCAGCGCCCCUCGCCCGGCCGUCCCGCCAGAGCUACAUGGGCACCACUGCCAGCUCGCGCGCCAAGAACCUGACAGACAAACUGCAGCCCGUCAAAAGCGCCGGUCCCAGGACCCCCUCCGCCCAGGAGCCGCCGCCCGCGGACCUGGACUGCAAGGAGAACCUCCCUCCAUCGGCCUGCCCAAACCCCGCAUCCACUCCCCACGUGUCCGUCAGCCAGGCUCCGCCCCCCGGCAAUCACAGCGCGCGAGCCGCCCUCCACCUGGACCUCUCCGGACCAGACCGCGCUAGAGCCACGCCCUCCUGCCCAGGCCCCGCCCCCUCUCCCCUCAGGCCCCGCCGCCGCACGGUGGGUGGGCUCCACUCCUCCGCCCUGGUCACGCCCACCGAGAUGAGGUCACUAGGCAAGGAGGGGCGGAGCUACAUCAGCAGCAUCGAGGAGAGCCUGGCGCCCAGGGGUGUGGCGCAGGCCCAGAGCCCCGCCCAGCCCAGGCAGGCUGCCAGCGGUGGGGGGCAGUCCCCAGCAGAUGCACCGGGCCAGGCCUUUGGUAACAGGGAGCCCCCCUCUGAAGAGCAGCACCAAAACCCCAUCUCUGGUUCUCACAUCCCCUCCCCUGGAGAAACACUGCCCAGCGCAGACACCCCGAUACAGGGCCCGACUUCUAACACAGAUGCAGGGACCGAAACGCUGAAUCUGCAGACCUGCAAGCGGGUGGUGAACGAGCUGCAGCACUCCAUGCGCCGAGCGGUUGGCCUGUACAGCAAGCUGUGCUCUGCGGGGGACAGCCCGGAGCAGCAACUGCAGAUGAGGGCCAUCCUGACAGACGCCUUCGCCGCGGUGCAGAGAGAGCUGGACGGCGUGUGCACACGCGGCCCGCCCCCUCCUCCCCCAAAGGCUUCCUGUCCGUCAGCAGAGGAGUCCCCCGGCCGCCAGCUGAAGGACGACAGGACCGUGGCUCUGCUGGAGAGAUACUCUGAGAUGCUGCUGCGCAUCGCGGAAAAGAAGCUGGACUGCAACUGAGAACGGAUGCCCCCGUUGUAGGGACUGUUAUAAAGCUUGUCAGCCUUACUCCUGUCUCACACAACCCCAUGUACUUUGCUGCCAUCAUAUUUACUGUGCUCACUGACCCCCCCCCCCCCCCCCCCACCACCACCUCCUGUUCAGGGGAUACGGGGAGCCCCAUGCUCGUAUUUGAAAAGCGGGCUUGUUCAUGUCUUUGUCCAAUUCAAGCUAAAAGAUCAAAAACCUGAACUGGUCCUAGAUUUGCGCUCCUGCUUUGCGACUGUGUGUUUACGCGCCUUGGUCAGGAUCAGCAGUUUGUAGCAGAGCAGCAUCCCAUGAUCCUCUGCUCUGUACCCCACCAGGUUAUAUUUGGGAUUCUUAGUGCAGGUGGUCUCCUCUCUCUGCCAUUUUGUGCACCUUUUUGUUUUUUUGUUUUAAAAAAUAAUUUAUUCUUAUUUUAUGGUUUGUUUACAGUAUGCUUUUGUUUUAAGUCUUUUAUUGAUUAUUUAUUUAAAUGAAUUUAUUAUGAUUUUUACCAGCUGUUGCACAAUUCUGCCAACAAUGUUGUUGGGAUUCAAUUAUAGAUGAUCUCUUCAGUGCAGUGCUCUACAUUAAAUCUUAAGUGUAUCUAGUCACAUGCAUGAGAAGUAGACCUGCUUCAGUAUUUUUUUUCUUCCUUUUUUUGUUUUCUCUUUUUUUAGGUGUGAAAAAUAAGUGUGCUGUGUCAUGCAAAUUUGGAUUUUAUCAUGGGGUCUAUCAAACUGCCAACAUAAAGUGGCUUUUAAAAAAAGCCACUUUAUGGGCUUUUUUUAAGUGUUUACCCUUUAGGCACUAUGGAUUUUUAAAAUAAAUUUGUAUUGAUUGUGCAAGAUUUCCCAUAAAGAAAAUGCUGAUGGUUUUCUGAGUUCGUGUGGCAGAACAGUUGUCUUGAACAAGCGAGCGCAGUACCAUGGUGUUUUUUUUUUUUUUCCCAGAAUGUUCAUUGUUCUCAGCUGAGAUCAGGCAGUUGUGAAAUUUUUAAGCGGAGAGAAAAAUGCACGUGUUCUGAAUUGAAGUUUGAGUUGACCCUACCGCUGGCCGAGGUAGGUACAGAAUACUUUCAGAAUACAGAAUGUGUUUCUCACUAACAUGUUUGUACAGAGCCUUGCUUCCAUCAUGCUGGCUGUCCUUAAAACUGGUCAUACGAUUGCUUGUGUUGUUUAAAAUGUCUGUGUUGCUUUCUUUUGUCGUAAUGUUCCAGUACAAUUGUACAUUGAUUGUAAAUACUUUAUUUUGGUAAUAAUUUACACAUGCCCUGUGGUAUUACACACAUGCAUAUUGUCUGUUCUUUUCAGUGUUAAUAAACAUUUCACUUUGUGGUAAACGA